AACUUAGCGGAGGGUUGAACAGAUUUCAGGGCCAUAGUUUUAUAUUCUUCUACAGAGGUUUUUGAUUAGGGAUAGAUGGAGAAAUAAAGGGAUGUAGAACGAUACAAUAUCUCAAUUUAAUGAUUUAGAUCUGAUGGACAUUAUUACACCGUAACCAGAGACCGAUGAAUUUCACGAUGGAAAUGAUGAGGGUGAUGGAGGAGUCCCGUUGCUCGAUUGUGACAACAAAAGUUGGAAGUGAUGUGGGCUGUUGCUACAAUGGUUUAAGCCCAGUAAAUUUUGUCUCGAGUUAUAAAUUGAAUGACAUGGCGAAUGGAUGCUUCCUGAUUGGUUGAUUUUUAUAAACGACCUGGACAUGCUUAACAUUGAGCUUAUUUACCUUUUAGUAUAGGUUAGAUUAGAUUCUACCUUCACUUCCUAUAACCCAAAAACUAGGAUUUUUAACACCGCCAAAAUUUUAUCCAUAUACAAUGUGAAUAGAAAAUUAAAUGUCUGUUAAAUUUGAACGAUAUGUUUUGUUAUAAAUGUAAUGUAAUCUUUAAGAUUGUUUAUGUAAUCUUUUUUAUAUAAUAAAUCAGUGUUAUAAAAAAAAAAGUUAAGAAUUUAAGACACAUAUAAUAUUGGCCUAAAAAAUAGGGUAGUAUUAGGGGAUUUAGAACACAUAAAUCAAUCUUUUCAGGAUUCUAAAACUCCAACAGUUAAAUAACAGUGGUGCAAAACAGUAUUAAAGUCGCAAGUCGCAAUGAUGAACAUGAUGAUAUAUCUUUAAUAAUAACAAUAUUGUAAAAUUAAAAAGUUUGGACAUGAGAGAAAGGACAAAGUAAUGGUAAGAGGAAACUGAGGGACUGAUGAGAAGGAGAGAAGAGGAUAGGGCUGGGCUGUGUGAGAGAGAGACAGUCAAAAUAAAACACACUGACCAUUAAAAUUGCAGACUCUCAGAACUCCGAUUUGACCUGUCGUUUCUUCAUUGGCUUCCACAGUUUUCUUAUCGGCUCUGUCUUUAUUUUUAACUACUUUUUUCCUUUCAAACGGCUUUGUUUUGUCCUUUUUCUUAUUCUUUGUGUUCACUACUGUUUAUUGACAAGGCUUACUUAACUAGGAUUGUUCACUCCUAUUUCUAGUUUUAAUGUAACCCAAGCUAUCGAUUUUCUUUGAAUCAUAUGAAUUUUGAUUUUGUUUACUUUUUUGUUAACGGUGAAAUUUCGGUUUUGGUGAUUAUAUAUAUAGCAUUGUAAUUUAUCAGUUUGAGCUUAUAGUUUUCUUUCUUUGUUAAAGUUUUUAUCAGUUAUGAAAAAAAAAAUUUAAUAAAGGUUUUCUGGUUUAUAUAUGUUACUUUUAGGGCAUAGGUGUAAUUAUAAAGCAGGGAGAUGACAACACGUAAGUCAUCGUAGAAGAGAUUAGACCCCAAGUUUGUGGGAUUAGAUAGACUGAAACACUUCUGACCCCCCUCUCUUUGUUGAGGUUACUCUUUUGCAUUUACGAAUUUUCGUUCCCUAAAAUGCAAAUUAGUUGCUCAUAAAUUAACACUCGGUAUCUACUACUAUUGCAAUUCAAAAAAACUCUUUGUUUGCUCGUUUGCUAUAAAUUAACAAACCUCAUUUAAUGUUUACAAGACUUGCGUUCAGACGGUGCUGAUAUUUCUUAUUAUCAUAAAAAAUUCUUGUCUCGUUAUAAAUUUAUUAGUUCGUGAAAAAUACCAGAACUGGUUGUAAAUAAGAUAAUGAAUUCAUAUAAGUUAAGUUAAUGACACCGUAAGGUAAUAUAAUUAAUGUUAUAUACACCUGCCGCAAAGAGUUUGGUACCACUCCUGCUUCUAGUUUAUAUGCAAACUAUAUCAACGUAUAUACGCAAUAUAUCCGAAUUUCAAAGAGACAACAACGGUAACAGGAAUAAAAACGUGAGAAGCGGAUGAGGAAAACAAAAAACAAUAGGAGUUUAAAAAAACAAACAAUUAUGUUUAUGUUAUGAAUAAUGUGGAUUGCUAGUAACCAUACCAAGGAAGAACGGACCGCGUCCGGUCCAAGACCAAGACCGCGUCCGUAUAGGAGAGAGAGGCGGCCAAAGAUUAAGCCGACUAUAGAUUAGGAUGAUUUCCUUUUUACUUCAUGUUUAUCUUUAAGUAGUUUUCCUAUUUCCUUUAAGAUAAGGAUUUGUACUCUUUCCAUUUAUCUCUUCCUUGUAAUCCCUAUAUAACGGAAUACUUUGAUUCAAGUAAUAAACACACGAUUUCCCCAAUUGUUCACAACACGUUAUCAGCAUGAUAGCCUCUAAAUCCCUGAGACCUAUAUCGAAACCUAAAAGCCUAAACCGGCGACUCAACCUAAAACCCUAGACGUUCCGUGUUCGUUCUAAAUCCUAGACGUCCUCAACACCGAACGUCCUCAGCUCUUGAUCGCAUCCUCAGCUCGCACACAAGAAGAACGCAUCCGUCCGAGAACACCUCGCACCCGAGACAGCUCGCGUCCGUCCUCAGCUCGCGUCCGACUACAUCCGCGACCCGAUAGGAGGCAGCAAGCGUCCAUCCGUCUCAGCUCGAAGUUUCAUCCAUUCUCAGGUGGUCCGGUUCUAUACCUCUACGAAAUAAAGGUAUAAACAUAAUCUGAGAACCUAGAUAAAGAACAUAAACCCUAAUCCAUAAUUAUGGAAACUAUGUUCAUGAUGAAACCUAAAAGAAACUACAAGAUUAAAAUCGACAAACCUUAUAACUAGAAAGAUAUAUGAUUCCACUAGAAUAUAAUUGAAUGAUUGAUUGAUUAAAUCUGAAAUAUGAGAAACCCUAAUGAAGGAAUCGAAAACCCUAAACCCUAAAGAAACUAGAAUCCGAUUUUAAGAUUGUUCUUGCUUGUUUGUUUUCUUGAUUGAUCUGAGGUUUAAGAUUGUUAGAUUGUUUGAUAUAAUCUAACUAAGUAUACAAAUACUUAAGGCCUUGAAACCUUAACAUAAGUUUGAUAGAAUUUAAAAGAUUGAAAACCCUAGGUAUUAUAAAAGAAGUAAGAUUGCUUUACAUGAAUCCGAACAUGGUAUUGCAUUCAUCCUGUUAUAAACAAGAUCGACCAGCAUAUAGAUCACACGAACUUAGGUUGCUUGCAUUAGUAGACCUAUAUGGCCGUGUGGCUUAUGAUUGAUAGCACCAUGGUCGAUUAGUAUUGUUUUGAAUAUCAUGAAUGCGUAAGACAUGUUGUGGCCGAGCUUGCUUAUUAUCAUGCGGCCACAUGAUCACAUUGUGAACCUAAAACUUUAAAUGAUAACGUGACUCAGAUGUCGAAAAUAGCAAACAGAGACUACGCAGCCCUUAAUCUCUCCGGAGACAAUUACUUGCAGUGGGCGCUAGAUACAAGGAUCAGUCUAAAGUCAAAGGGACUUGGUGAUACUAUCACCGAGGACAACAAUGAGAAUGAAAAGAAUAGAUACAUGGCCAUAAGCUUUAUGCGCUAUCAUCUCAUUGAAGGUCUAAAAGAUCAUUACAUGACAAUUGAAAAUCCACUAGACCUUUGGAAUGCUUUAAAGCAUAGAUAUGAUCACCAAAAGAUGGUGUUACUUCCAAAGGCUAGGCACGACUGGAUGCAUCUGAGGUUCUUAGACUUCAAGUCCGUGGAUGAGUACAAUUCAGCCUUGUUCAAAAUAGUUUCAAUACUAAGGCUUUGUGGUGAAGAAGUAUCUGAUAUGAUGAUGCUUGAAAAGACCUACAUGACUUUCAAUCAGUCGAAUUCAGUGUUGCAAGAGCAAUAUAGAACAAAAGGUUUUGCCACAUAUACUGAUCUGAUCUCGUGUCUACUUUUGGCCGAGACAAACAAUGAGCUCCUGAUGAAGAACAGUGGAGCCAGACCUGCCGGGACAGCACCAUUACCCGAAGCCCAUGAGAUUGAAAAGAAAGAUCCCAAAGAGAGCUACUACGCCCAAGAUAACAAGAGACCACACGGCAAUGGCUGUGGUGGAUACAAGAGGCGUGGGCUUGACAACCCGAACGGCCGAGUCAGCUACUCGACCGGCCGGAAAGGAAACCACAAUAAUUGUGGUCGUGGUUCCAAUUACGGCCGGGGCCGAGGCAGUUACGGCCGCGGACGAGGUGGCAUAUCCAAGCCAUCUUACACGUCCAAGUCAGUAUGCCACAGAUGCGGGAUGGACAACCAUUGGGCCAAGAACUGUAGAACUCCUAAACACUUGUGCGACCUCUACCAAGAGAGCCUCAAGAACAAGAAUCCGGAGACAAACAUGAUCCAAGAAACCGGUCAUGAUGACAAAAGACAUGGAUAUGAUGCUGAUAAAGAAUUCAACCAAGAUGAUCUAAUGGACUUUGAAACUUCUGAUUGUCUCAAGGACUAGUUUUCGAAUCACUUGUCUUAUUGCUUUAUGUUUUUGAUUUGGUGUUUUUAUUU